UGGUAGCUAGUGGCUCGCUAGCCAACACGACCACCGACGCUCUUCGUCUCCGAUGGCGUCCCCUGCUCGCCACCUCUUCCUCGUCGCCUUAGUGGCCGUGCUCGCCGUCGCGGCGGAAGCGUGGGGUGGUGGCCGCUUCUUCUUCAGCAAGACCACGCGCGCCGAACCCACCGUCGAGCAUGAGAAGGCGGCGUCGGCCGGCAGCACCACGCCGGACGCGGCGGACCCUAAUGCGGCGCCGGCGUUCUCCCGGCCGUCGACCGGCGUCAGCGGCCGCGGGUACGGACUCUACGGCCGCCCCGAGGAGAACUACCCGCCGAACUACUUCCGCCGCGGCGUGCACCGCAACGCCGAGAAGCUGACGACGGCGGCGGCGGCGACCGACGUGUCGGCCGCCACCCGUACGACCGAGGAGGCGGCGGUCCCCGCGGGAGGCGGCCGCGGCGAGCGCGGCCAGCAGUACCCGGAGGACGGCAGCGGCAGGGGUCGGCGGCCGACCAACGUGCCGGCCACCACUUCGUAUACCGAGGAGGAGGAGGCCCCCGCGCGAGGCGCCGGCGACCUCGACGGCGUCCAGCCCUACCCGGAGGACGGCAGCGGCAGGGGCCGGCCGCCGUGGUACUACACGGCCUUCCGCGGCGGCCGGCGGCAGCAGGGGCAGGACGACCAGCAGCGGGACUACGGGAUGAGCGACACGCGGCUGUACCAGAACGGCCGGUACUACUACGACGUGGACGCCGGCAGGUACGGCUACGGCCGCGAGUCGAACCCCAUGAGGACGCGCCCCGACGCCGAGGAGUUCACCGGCUCCGGGUACGGCCGACCGGCCGGCGCCGGCGGCGGCAGACGCGGGGGGUACGGCAACGCGGCGGCCGGUUACCCGCAGUACGGCGACGACGAUGUGUUCAAGAACGGAGCGAUGGAUCAGACCCCGAACGGCUUCCAGGAGGAAGGCCGGAACAGACGAUACAUUCCAUGAACAUGAAGGGAAGACGAAGCCUCGUACUAGUAAGUUGUAACGUGCGCGGUGUGCUGCCGCUUCCAGCUGUGAUCGUAUCGUGUGCUCUGUUCUCCAUUGCAGAGUAAUCUAGCUUGGCCUAGCUGCUCCUUUGUUUGCUGUGAGUACUUGGGGAAAAGCCAGCUAGCAUAGCAGCUCCUCCUGUGCACGAGUACGUACGUGCAGAUCGUCAUGGUGACGCAACCAAUGAAUGAAUAAGCCCUCUCUGUGUGUACAAUGCAACGCGUACUGUAUUGAAGAUCAAAAUGCUAU